GUCAAUACCGACCUCGACAGCACCUUCGGCCCUUCACCAAAACCGAUGCAAAGCAGAGAAAACGAUACUCGCGACAUUUCCAACAUAGUUAUCGUCCCUUCGUCCUCCAUAUGCUUAGAACGCCAGAUAGCAAAGCACAUUUGACUCGACUGAGACUGAGCGAGUAAGCAUCAACAUGCGACUUGCGAACUUCUGUAUGCUAGGUUCGGGUGAUCAACCGUGGCGAUCCUGGGGACGAGCCGCCAAGGUGGCCAGUGCCUAUUGCACCCCUGAGCUACCACGAUGUGGCUUGCAGCACCAUAUCUAUUUGGGGAUCGCAAAAGCCUCCCAAGAUGAUGCUGUUCAUGUUCGAGCACACUUGUAACACACAGACAUCUUCAAGUGCGGAAGCUUAGGCAAGAUAAAAUUUCCCGGCAGGCUAGAGACAUCGGACGAUGUGCUGAAGAUCACUUUCACGAGCAAGGCAAAUAGUUACUUCUAUACGACUUUCAGUUGCCAGCAAGCUACCACCGAUCAAUACGAUGCCGUUACUUUCCCAAUCAAAGGCCCAGCCGGCGCAAGUUUCCAGCUCGAGCUGCAGACCUCGACGACAUGUUCGGCUUCGACAUACAAGAGCUAUUAUAAAUCUUUGACAGGCAUCACCGGAGCGACCCAAACGUAUACUGUCCCGUUGAGCUCAUUUGCUGGUGCAAACCUAAAUGCUAUCAAGAGUAUCCUUUUCGAAUCCUUCAGUAUCAACGGUCCUUGGGAGAUCGGAACGAUCCAGCUUGUUUGUGCCAACACCAAACCCACUAGUCUCCCACCAAGCACUUCCACGACCAGUAAACCAGCCACAACCAGAACUUCAGCUCCACCAGGAGCUUGCACAAAUAUGCUGGUUGAUGACUUUGCUUCCCAGUCUCGACUAACAUUCCUCUUCUACAAUGCGAUGCUUCUUCCAUCAUCCGAUGAUGGAUCUAUGGCUCCGGUAUCUGGACGAGCUGAUACAGGGACUUCAGUGAUUGUUGCCAACAACCGUCUUACCCUCACUCCAGCUUCUGGUGGAAACUCUUACUGGUAUACUAUGCUUGGCUGUUCAAAGACUACUGGAAUCUACGGAGGAAUUGGCAUGACGAUCAAGGCACCAAAUGGCUUCACGAUGGGUGUUGAGUUACAGACUGCGAGAGACUGCUCCAGCAACAAUCCAGUUCUGAAUGAUCUCUUAUCAACGGAUCUUGGCUGGACUUUUGAUGGAACUGAGAAAUACUACACUAUCCCAUUCUCAAAGUUUCCGGGUCUGGAUGCGGACCACCUGGUCUCUUUGUUGUUCUCGGGCUUGAGUGGUGCCGUCACAAUUGGUCCAAUCUCCUUCUAUUGUGGGUCAACUGGAUCAGCAUAUCCCAUUCCAACUACAGUCCCGGUUGUUGAGCCUACAUCUACGAUCCCUGUGACAACUGGACCAUCAGCGUAUGUGAUUGAUAUUUUUACAUCUGCCGAUACCAACAACCUUGGAUUCUACCACGGGGGAGAUGACCCAGCUCUCUUCAAGCGAACUGCAGGCAAACUCACGAUCAAUACCAAAGGCAAUGCGGAUCUCUCCUACUAUACACAGAUCUCCAGCGGAUGCAGUGAUAUUCGCUCGUAUGACAAGAGCUAUGUGCACAUUUCGUACACUGGCAGCCCCGCAUUCACGAUUGCCAUGCAACAGCACAAUCCAACAUGCAACCCAGAUAUCAAUCCCUAUCCCUACACCUGGGACUCUGUUGAAGCAUCUCGGUACUCCAACAGCGCCAAGACAGACAUCUACAUUCCAAUCUCACACUUCUCCAUCAACCGCGCCGUCGUGAUUGGGUUCUCUCUCAAAGGUUUCUACACCAGCACCACGACCACGAUCACCAAAAUCGAGAUCGUCAAAUCCGUACCAUUGGGUUUCCUCGUACCCAGCAAGCUUCCCACCAUUCCUCUAGUCUUCGCAUGCACACGCCCCAACAGCUUCGCAUUCGCCAUCGAUGACGGCUCACCGGAGUACGCCCAGCGGGUCGUCUCAUCCAUUGCAGCCGCUGGCAUAAAAGUAACAUUCUUCACCGUCGGAGCCCCUCUCCUCGACGCCUCCACGAACUUGACAAACGUGUACAAAAACAUGCUCAAAGCAGGUCAUCAAGUCGCAUACCACAGCUACACUCACCCACCACUCGAAGGCCUCCCCUCACUCGCCGCCAUCGACUGGGAAAUCAAGCAAGACAUCGCCGCAGUUUCCAAAACCCUCGGCAUCACAUCUAAAUAUUUCCGGCCACCAUUCGGCACAGAAGGUGCUCGGAUUCGACAACGCCUUGCUGCUACGCUUCCAGGAAGUAAGUUCGUAGCUUGGAGUGUGGAUGUGCAGGAUUGGUUGUGGGCUGCGACUGAUACGCCUGAGAAGCAGCUGGAGAAUUUUCAGGCGGAUGUGAAUAAGGGCGGGAAUCUGGUGGUGAUGCAUUACUUGUAUGAGAGUACUGUGAGCUAUUUGCCGCAGUUUAUUGAGAUUGCGAGGAAGACGGGGAAGCAGUUGAUGAGGGUUGAUCAGUGUUUGGAGGAUCCGAAUGCGCCGCCUUUGUAGAUGCGAGGUGGGAGUCAAGAUUGGUGUGAGGGAAAGUUGGAAGACAUUGUAAUGUAUAAACUGAUAUGUUGCUCAGAAUUGAGG